AUGACACCAGGUGUGAUCAGACUUGACAUGUGCACAGUGGAGAUGUAUGGUAAAACAAUUCCCAGAUGGUUGACGUUCCUCAUAAAGUACAUCACUCCUGGCCUGCUGAUGACUAUACUAGUAUACGCCUUCUACGUGUACCGUCCUCCAAAAUAUGGUGACUACUUCUAUCCUGAAUGGGCAACUGUGAAUGGCUGGCUUAUGUCUGUAGCCAUAGUUCUACCGACCCCAGGUUGGAUGGUCUACUCUGUUUGGAAGUCAGAUGGGACAUCAGUCAAGCAGAGAUUGGCCAGAGCAUUCAUUCCACAAGACAACAAAGAUGAUCUAGCAAUGGACGACAGAGAGCAAGAAACCCUGACGCAGGCGUUAUAGACAAUAUUAAC